CAUGCAGCGUGUGACUCGCGGUCCAGCGCUUCGUCUUCACCGUUGUUGUAAUCGGCGACGUGGCCUGACGCCCUCGAUAGACGCCUGCGACCGACGCCACCGCUAACGACGCUUCUACAUCGCGACGCUCUUGAGGUUAACUCCAGGGGGGCAAAAUUUACGAUGUAUGUUUAUUCAUGAAAGGCAUGUACGCUGAGUUCGUUUUGAGUUUUUUGUUUAUAGUUUUGAAGAAAGAAAUAUUCUGCUUGAAAGAGAUAGUCCUGGAUAUAGAGCCAAACGUUGUUGAGCAUGGCGGUACGACAAAGUUAAGUUGUAGCUAUAAUUUACAAGGAGAGCCUCUAUAUACAGUAAAAUACUACAGGGGGACACAUGAGUUCUAUAGAUAUACGCCCAAAGAGCACCCUAGUAUUAAGAAGUUUCCUUUUAAUGGAGCGAAUAUUGAUCUCCAACACUCCAACGAACACCAGGUGGUCCUACGGGACGUCGGUUUUAACCUCUCGGGGAAGUUCAGCUGCGAAGUGACCACUGAUGCCCCCAACUUCUCGACCGUCACCGUUUCGAAAGAUAUGCUGGUUGUUGUAUUACCAACCAAUUCUCCGAGUCUCAGCACGGAUAAAAGUUUUUACGAUAUUGGUGAUGUAUUAAGAGCUAGCUGUACGUCGCCAUCUUCCAGACCCGCUUCCAAACUUACCUUCAUUUUAAAUAAUAUCGAGGUGUGCCAAACAUGCUUUAGGAACAAAACGACUGUAGGGGAAUUAUUCGAGAGCAGAAUGUUCAUGACGUUACCGCUCUUCGAGUCUCAUUUCAACAACAGUCGUCUUACGUUAAAGUGUGUCGCCAAAAUUGGAGAUUUCUAUCAUCAGGAGACCGAGAUUAUUUUCGACAAUGCCAAAGAUCCCGUCCCUGAGAAAGUUACUGCACAAAACGAGGGAGUUACGAAGAUCUAUCAAAAAAUAGUUUUUCUCAUACCAACAAUAAUUUGUAUUUCCUUGAUAUUAUAAAAAUGUGACUAGGUUUAAAUAUAUAAUACCUAACUCAAAAUAGGAUGAAGAAUGAUUGUGAUCAAAAUGCUGCAAUUUAAAAAAAUAACAUUUUUUGUAAUUUAUUUAUAGCACUAAAAAGAUGUAUUGAUAUAUAGAAAUAAU